AUGUCUGCCUUAUCCUCCAUGGCACGCCUCAUCUGCGCGCAGGAGCCUAUCCCUCCUGAUCGGCAGACCAUCAACAUCAGUCUAAGAGAUGGCAAGGUCAUUACGCAGAAGUUCUCCCCGACUCCCAAAGCCAACCUCGACAGGCUGGGAAAAGCGCUCAGCGAGCUGCUUCAGACCCCAGAACACCAUACGGUGGUUGAAGCUGUGAACCAGGAAGCGAAGGACAAGGACACAUCCACCAUGUCGUUCGGCACGGUGGAAUGGCACCUUGAUUCCGAAGGGGAUGCCAUACAUCGGCACACAGCCCUGCCUUCGACCACUGAACUGAACGUCAUACAGGACUUGAUCAUGCGCCGAGCCGACGAAAUGGGUCACCACCCACACAUCAGUCGCGGGACGAUUGAGGAAGAGGCAGACACGUACAUGACCAUCACCUGUACGACGCAUAGUCCUCGCGGAUUAAGCGUUCGAGACAUGAGAUUGGCGCAGAAAAUCAAUGAGGUUCUCACUGGCUUCGACACCCUCACGCCGUCGAAUUUGGAUUCGUCGCGGGACAUGGAAGAUGAAAAGCUGAGGAUUGCGGCCCUGCGUGAGCGCAUGGUCGCCGCGAAUCGAGCGAAGAUCAACGAGGCCCUUGACAGUUGUGGAUGCGAGGCAGCAAAAUCGAGGUCGACAACUCCGCCAUAA